UGUUCCUCGAAUGCCGUCGGCCUUCUGCAGCUAGCCGUGUUGCUGUCCGAAAACUGUCUCCGAGCUGUGCUGUAUCUGUGUGUAUCGAAUACAGUUCUGCUUUGCACUGCACUCUAUAGGAGAUAGAUAACGAUUCCACAGUCGGUCGGUCUGUCUUGACGUUCUGUACUAAUACGGCCUACUACAACAACGUUUUGUUGCUGUUUUUCGGGACAAACGAGGGGUGCGUAAAAGAGAACGACCUAGCGCCCGUAUCUUUCGGCCGCGUUUAUGAAUGGUGUACCAUUUAUCGUGUAUGUGUUUCGUUCUCAUUCACUCCCCUGCGUGAAAAUUGAAUCGAAUUGGCUGGGAAGGAAGGCAGGAAAAAGGAAGGGUACUAGCUGUUGUAGCGAGUGUUUUCCCUCUGCUUGUAUUAUUGUGUGUGCGGUGCGCUUGAAACAGUAGCGAAAGCCGAGCGAGCGAGCAGCAGCAGCAGCAGGAACACCAACAACAACAGGAAAAAAAGCAUCAAGAGGGGCCUUCCACUGACAAGUCGGAGCUCACGAGCUGCCACUUGGCUACGGAACGGCUUUCAGAAGUGUCGGUGUGCGCGCCUAGAUCUCUCCCGGCUCUGCUGCUAAGAACACUAAAUCCCACCUCGGGAUCAAACACGGACUUCGAAACGACAAAACCGCGUGCGAGGCCUAUAAGUCCCCUCGGCAAAUAAUAAUAAGUUUUUAGGAGAAUUAACUUUUCGGUAUUAAGGAUUUAAGCAAUAAAGUUUGAUGAAGAGGAGUCGACACGUCCGAGCGAAGACGACAUCGGUUCCGGUGCUGUAGUUGUUGUUGGGCUGCUCCGGGUUCGGAGAACCUGUGUUGACGUCUUGAGCGCUUUGAGCGGCCAGUUGUCAGUGACAGAAAAAAACCAAACAUAGUAACCCGAGAAAACAAGAAUAAAGAUUGUGUGAUUUUCAUGCACUCUAAUCCGGGAUUUUUUCAGUUGGUGUGAUCGUGUCCAGUUCAUCGAGAGAAACAAAAGCAGACCCUGCGAAGUAGGAAGUCGAACAAACCGGAAACACCCCAGAAAACCCCCCGAAGGAGAAGAAUCAUUUCCGGUUUAAUCCGGGCUGACCAGACCAGACCAGUGCUUGUGGGUGCUUAAGUGUGAUUAAAAAUUGUUCAAAAACAUACGGACUAACUUUUUGAUUCGUGGCGGCCGGCGUGGUUGAGAUUUGUUGCUUGGCCCCUGAAAGUGUUUUGGUGCUUAAGUUGUGGGGUUUGAAAAAUCAAGUGAAUGAGAAAAAAAAACGCUGAAUUGUUGGUGAAAAUUUUUAAGUCGGGAUUCGGAAUUGUUUCUGGUUCUUAGUUCCAGCGCUUAGUGAAUGUUUGUUGUGGUGAUCGUGUGCUGAUUUGUGACCCCAAACGAAGCAACAGUGAGAACGAGUUUGUUGUGGAGCUAAACUGUAAAAAUCUUUGAGCUUAGAACAAGUUGAUGAAGGCUGAAUAGAAAGCUGACUAAUAAGCCGGUUAAAAGCUGAACUUGGGAUACCAAACCAAUAUUUGGGAUUCGACAACCAAUCCCCAGUGCUCGGAAGAAUAAAAUACAAGACCACAGUGCCAGAAGCUAAUAUCCAGACCCUUCCUCCCGGCUCGACGGACGAGCCCCUUCGGAACCCCAUUUUUGAGACCCCCGGUACCCGCAAACAGUCAAAACGAUUUAUCUCCGGCCGUACAAGGACAUCUUCCCGGGCGGUGGCCAUAACCAGCUUAGCUCGUUAUAUCCACAGUCCGUGAUGGAGCGAGGCGGGGGCGGAACGGGGCUGGGCCUCGUCACCGGGGGAACGACUUCCGGUGCCGGUGGCCUGGACUCGAUGGCCGACACCAGCGGCCUCUGUCUGCAGGAUCUGGUAGGGAAUGGUGGGGGAGGUGGUGGUGGUGGUGGGGGUGGUGCUGGAGGAGGGAGUAGUGGAGCCACCAGCAAUGGAACCUCGGACCAUCAUCUGCAUCACAACCACCACCAUAACAGUCACAACAGCAGCCAUCAUGGGAGCUCGCUGCAUGAUUCGGUUGGCGGUGUAGGUGGGGUCAGUGUUAGUUCGGCCUUGACCAGUUUGAUGAGUCCCGGGAUCAAUAGUGCCAGCCUGGGGCAUCUGCAUCAUGGGACCCCGGAUCUGAGCGGGCAUCACCAUCACCACCAGCAUCCGACGUCGAUGCUGCACGAGCCGCUGGAGAAACUGAAAUUGUGGGCCGAAACGGGAGACUUCCGGGAUAACGGGCACAGUGCGAUGUCUGCCGUUACAAGCUUGGAUCAUUCACAAAUGAGCUUCCAGUCAUCGGGAUCGCGAAACCGCAGCAGCCGGGAUCGGAAAAGUGACGUAACACGUGUCGAUCCGACGUCGGUCAAGACGGAGCAAAUCAGCAGCGGGAUGUCGCACGACGAUGGCGGCAAUGGCGCGACGACGAUCACCGCCGACGGAAGUAGUGGCGGAAACAACGAUGGGACCGGAAACGGAACCGGAACCAAGAACGACAAAAAGAACAAACGCCAGCGGAGGCAGCGGACCCACUUCACCUCCCAGCAGCUGCACGAACUGGAGCAAACUUUCAGCCGGAACCGGUACCCGGACAUGUCCACCCGGGAGGAGAUCGCCAUGUGGACCAACCUGACCGAGGCGCGCGUUAGGGUGUGGUUCAAGAACCGUCGGGCCAAGUGGCGUAAACGGGAACGGAACCAGAUGAACGCGAUUGCGGCGGCCGACUUUAAGAAUGGGUUUGGACCGCAGUUUGUGCAACCGUUUGCUGAUACCGAUAGCCUGUACUCGUCGUACUCGUACAAUAACUGGGCCAAGGUGCCGUCGCCGCUGGGGGCCAAAACGUUCCCCUGGACGGUGAACCCGCUGGGGACAUCGAUAGUUUCGACUAACCACCAUCAGAACUCGAUGAACUGUUUUAACACGACGGCGUCUUCGGUGGCGGCCGGAAUGGGAACCGGAUCUAUGUUACCGGGGAGCAUCGGAAGUGGACUGGGAAGUACGACUGGAGCAACUGGGGUUUCGCCGACGCCUUGUCCCUAUACGACCCCGACGAAUCCGUACAGCAUGUACCAUCACCGGGCCACUGCGGAACCUUGCACGGCGAUGACCUCCAGUAUUGCGACGCUCAGAUUGAAGGCGAAACAGCACACGUCCGGGUUCUCGAGUCCUUAUUCGGCCCCGUCGCCGGUGUCCCGGUCCAAUUCGGCUGGGCUGUCCGCCUGUCAGUAUGCCGGCGUCACGGAUACCGUCUGAGAAAACGCCCUGGGCAGCAUGCUGUCCCACCAUUCGUCCUCGCUCGCCAUGUACAACACCAGCAUCGGCCAAGCACUGGGGUCGCUGACGUCGUCGUCUUCCGGAGGCAACAACGGAACCCUGGACAACUCCAACGGCGGCAAGGAGCACAACACUUCGGCGGGUGGAGGCGGCCUUGCCGACGAUGACCUCAUGGUGCCGGACGAUGACGAGGACGAAGUUGGAGUUGGCGGAGCAGAUUCACGGCAGCAGCAGCGAUCAGCGGUGGACGCUAUUCACGAUUGAAGUUGCGCUAUCUUCCACUAGAGGGCUAGGUCCGGGAAACUAAUCUCUUGAUUGUUGAUUUUUUUGUUACUUUUGGGUGGAGUAACUUAUCUUUCUAAAACUUCCCCUGCGGCACUUUGGGCAACAUCAAAGAACCUUCCAAACAAAAUUUUCUGACAUAAAUCAGUCACCGACACUGUUGUUGCUGGUUGUUGUCAGCUUGCACCGGGUCCUCUGACCCAAACCGUUUACCUACAUUCGUUUUUUUGCCGUUGUUACAAUAUUUUUUUUCGGUGGCCAAUUUUUGGCCAGAACAUUUAGCGGCACGGUCCCCUUCAAAGGCCGCCGUUAUCUGCCGUGAACAUCGAACAGGGAUUAACGUCCCGGCUUAGGCAUUACCAAAUUCACUGUUAUCGAUUCCCGAAAAUGGAGGCCGCGCUAGAUGCCCGAUUGGUGACAGUUGAUUAACGACCGCAAACGACAACAACAACAACAACAACAACGACGACGACGGCUGAUUGGGAAAAUUGAAACGAAAAUUUAUCGGGAGGCUUCCCUCAAACCUUCUUCAAAACUCCGCAACUCUUCCUUGAAUCAAUUUGACUCAAACCAAAACAAAUCCGCUGACAGUUGAUCAGCACUCUCACACAUUGAAAGCAACUCCGCAACAAAAACAAAAGCAAACCAGCAAACAGCAAAGCAAUCCAAAAACAAAACAAAGCAAGAGAAGAGCCAGUUGAUGAGAAACGACUUUGACGACGACUCUAAUGAGAGCGAAAAAAAGUGGGAGGGUUUAUUAUCGUUGGGUUGAGUGAAGUGCGAGUGAAUGAGCGAAUAAGCGAUGAGUGAGUACGAUUGAGGGGGUGUGUGUUAAUCGAUUUACUCUCAUGAACAUGUUUCUUUGAAUCGAAUGGCGUUUUUUGUUGGAUUCGUUUGUUUGUUUUUUCUGCGUUUCGAUUUUUG